GGCUUUUGCCUACCCAAAGAAUUUAUGGAAGAUUCAGCAGGAGAGGGAGCAACUGAAUUCCAUGACUAUGAAGGAAGCGGCCUUGGAGAAGGCGAGGGCACGAAGGAUGUGAGUGACCGGAUAGAGAAUGAAGAGCAGGCAGAAGAUACAUUUCAGAAAGGUGAAGAAAAAGAUAAAGAGGAUCCUGACUCAAAAGCAGAUAUUAAGGGGGAGGAUAAUGCCAUUGAGAUGUCAGAAGACUUUGAUGGAAAAAUGCAUGAUGGGGAACUUGAAGAACAAGAAGAUGAUGAGAAAUCAGACAGUGAGAGCAAAGAGUUGGAUAAACAAAUGGGUGAUCUGAAUGGUGAGGAAGCUGACAAACUAGAUGAAAGACUUUGGGGUGAUGAUGAUGAUGAUGAAGAGGAGGAAGAGGAAGAAGAUAGUAAAACUGAAGAGACUGGACCAGGAAUGGAUGAGGAAGAUUGUGGACUUGUUGCUAAAGAUGACACCUUGGAUGAUGAGAAGUCAAAAAGAGAUAAAAAACAACAGGACAAGGUAGAAGAGGAAGAAGUUGAUGAUGGAAAUGGCCAAGACAAAAUUAAUGAACAAAUAGAUGAGAGAGAAUAUGAUGAGAAUGAAGUGGACCCUUACCAUGGCAGUCAGGAAAAGCUGCCAGAACCUGAAGCUUUAGACCUUCCAGAUGACUUGAACCUGGAUGCUGAAGACAAGAAUGGCAAUGAGGACACAGACCAUGAAGAAGGAGAAGAAGAGAAUCCUUUGGAAAUUAAGGAAAAAUCCAUGGAUACUGAAGAAACAGGCUGUAAAGCUGAGGAAGAAAACAAAGAAACUGAGGCUGACCAGAGUGAAGGUCAAGGUCAACAUGAGCCUGAGGAAGGUCUUGGUGAAGAUGACAAAGUGGAGGUAGAGGAAGAGAUGGACACAGGAGCUGAUAACCAUGACAAAGAUGCUGCUGAACAUCCUGAAGAAAACUCAGAGGAGGAACAACAGUCCCUCGAGGAUAGGGACAAGGAAGCCAGUGAGGAAAAUGAAGAGAAUGGGGUGUCUGUUGACCAAGGUCUCCAGCCCCAGAAGCAAGAAGAAGGAGGAGGAGGAGAGCACUCUGACACAGAGGAGCCAGUGCCAGAGGCUACAGAGAGGAAGGAGCAUGAGUCCUGUGGGCAGACUGGUGUGGAAAGUGUGCAGAGUGAGCAAGCAAUGGAGCUGGCUGGGGCUGUGCCUGAGAAGGAGCAGGGGAAGGAGGAGCAUGGGAGUGGAGCUGCGGAUGCAAACCAGGCAGAAGGCCAUGAAUCCAACUUCAUCGCUCGGUUGGCCUCCCAGAAACACACCAGGAAAAACACACAGAGUUUUAAAAGGAAACCUGGGCAGGCUGACAAUGAACGUUCCAUGGGUGAUCAAAACGAGCGUGUGCAUAAGCGGCUAAAGACUGUGGAUACUGACAGCCCCACUGAGCAGGAGCCAGUCCAGCCCCAGACUCAGGCCCAGGUGGAGGAUGCUGAAGCCUUUGAACAUAUUAAACAAGGCAGUGAUGCUUAUGAUGCACAAACCUAUGAUGUGGCCAGUGAGGAGCAGCAGCAGCUUGCACAAGACCCUCAAAAGGAUCAGGAAGAAGAGGAGAUAGAGGAUAACUUCAUGGACACAGACAAGCAAGAGGAGCUCAGAGCAGUAGACAUGGAGCAGCUGAAGCCAGAAGAGGUCAAGUCAGGGACGACAGCAAGCUUGGUCUUUGAUGAGAUGGAGAUGGAGACCCACCCUGUUAAAGAAGAAGAAGACCAAGACUCCAGGAAAGACAAAUCUCAUGAGGAGACAGAGAAUGAGAAGCCAGAGAGAAGUCGAGAUUCAACCAUUCAUACAGUCCACCAGCUUCUCAUAGAUACAAUUUUCCCGCCAUUUCUAAAAGAUGUCAGUGAACUAAGACAAGAGCUGGAGAGACAGCUAGAAAUGUGGCAGUCACAUGAACCUGGAAGUCCAGAAGAAGAAAAGGCUGCCGCUGAGAUGUGGCAGAAUUACCUGGUCAUAACAGCACCUCUGUCACAACAGUUAUGUGAGCAGCUCCGUCUCAUCUUAGAGCCUACACAGGCAGCCAAAUUGAGAGGAGACUAUCGAACUGGAAAGCGACUGAACAUGCGGAAAGUCAUUCCAUACAUCGCUAGUCAGUUUCGGAAAGACAAGAUUUGGCUUCGAAGGACCAAGCCCAGUAAACGCCAGUACCAAAUUUGUUUGGCUAUCGAUGAUUCUUCUAGCAUGGUAGACAACCAUACCAAACAGCUUGCAUUUGAAUCCUUGGCUGUGAUUGGAAAUGCGCUGACACUCCUGGAAGUGGGUCAGAUUGCAGUGUGCAGUUUUGGAGAGUCUGUAAAGCUGUUACACCCAUUCCAUGAACAGUUCACUGAUUACUCAGGGUCCCAAAUUCUGCAGCUCUGCAAAUUCCAGCAGAAGAAAACCAAGAUUGCUCAGUUUCUAGAGUCUGUAGCCAGCAUGUUUGCAGCCGCUCAGCAGCUCUCACAAAGUAUCAGUCCAGAAACCGCACAACUCCUCCUGGUGGUUUCUGAUGGACGUGGCCUUUUCCUCGAGGGCAAAGAUAGAGUCCUAGCAGCAAUUCAGGCUGCCCGGAAUGCUAACAUCUUUGUCAUUUUUGUGGUGUUGGACAAUCCCAGUUCACGGGAUUCUAUUUUGGACAUUAAAGUACCAAUAUUUAAAGGGCCAGGUGAGAUGCCUGAAAUCCGAUCCUACAUGGAAGAGUUCCCAUUCCCAUUCUAUGUCAUUCUUCGUGAUGUGAACGUGCUUCCUGAGACACUCAGUGAUGCUCUUAGGCAGUGGUUUGAGUUGGUGACAGCCUCUGACCACCCCUAGACCAGAAAAAGAAGACAAAGUGAGACUAUAAACCAUGGCAAAAAUGUCACACUUCUUGCCUAGGUGUUCCCUUUUAGGCUUCUGAACUCAUGGCUCUAAAAUGUAUUCUCUUAAAUCUUAUACAUAAAGAUUCAUUCAGCUGCUAUAUAUAAAAAGCUUUGAGCUUAGAGAAAGCUCCCUGCUUUGCCUGCCUGGGAAACAGUUCAGAAAAACCAAAAGCAUUGGCUCUGGAGCUGAGGAAGAGCUUUCUUUCUGAAUUGUCAUGAAAGCAUUGGCCCAAGAGGAGACCACAACUUCACCCAAAGGGCCCCAUGGCCUGCUUUUCUUCACCAGGGACCCUGAUGUCUAUCCUGAGGAGAUGCCAGCAGCCUGGGACUGCUAGUCCUUUGGACUAAAGGAAGCUGCUCUUUGGACCCUUUGGCCCUGCCUUGCCCUGCCUGCCCAUUGUGUGUACUCAGCAGUCAGAUGGCUGAGACAGCUGCAGUUUUCUAGAGAGUAUGACUGCUUUCUUAAUUGUGCUCACGUGAAACUACCUUCUUUGAGGGUAAGAAGCAUGUGGGGUGUGUGCGUGCGUGCACGGUGUGUGUGUGUGUUUUCCCAUGAAGCAACCAGCCAUCAUGGGAGUCCAAGGAAUCGGAACAAUGACCCUUGGCACUAUGGAACAAUGAAGUGGCUCUUCAGUGUCCUCAUAUUUGCUGCUUUGGGUGACUAUGCAAUGAUAGAAAAACUUAUUUUCCCUUUACUUAACUUUCUCUAUGACAUAGUACUUGUUGUAGUAAUUUAUUUCUUUAGUUCACCCCCCUCCCCCAACAGUUAAGGGGAAAGGACCAUUCCUUACACUGCUUCAAGCCGGACUAAAAGACCUGAGCCAGUCUUGUUUAGGAAAAGAAAUAGACUGUGUUUUUUGUUUUUUUUUUCCUUCUCUCCAAAUAUAUCAGUGCAGUGUGGUUUUCCAGCAGUUUUGAUUUGGCCAGAAAGCAGUGCUUCAAUACUUGAAACUGUAUGCUGUGUUCUGUUUUAAGUUUGGUCAAUGUAUCCUUUUGUAGACAAUAUGCCUCAAUAUAAUAAUUUCUUUCCAUGUCAUCAAAUUACACUGUGAGGUUUACCACCAUUUUAGGUGGUCAUCAAAGACACAGAUUGCUUGUUGUUUAACCAAGUAUCCUAAAGCAUGUACUUGAGGUUAUGUCAUCAUUAUUUUUUACUCUAAAAAGCAAUGCAGCUUAUAUUCUGAAAACUAUUAAAAAUAUACCACUGUUGAUAUA